CCCAGGACAACCCGGGCUCUGGGCGGAAGCUCGAGGCUUUGCCGCGGGAAUCUAGAGGUGGUAUUUGGGGUACUUGCGGUGGGACCCGCAGUUGGCGCGUUGACUCUGCCCAUCUGCUCACCCUUCGCCGGCCGCCAUGAAGGACUCGCUGGUGCUGCUGAGUCGUGUUCCGGCGCACCCAGACUCCCGCUGCUGGUUCCUGGCCUGGAACCCCGCCGGGACUCUGCUGGCCUCGUGCGGUGGUGACCGUCGAAUCCGCAUCUGGGGUACCGAGGGUGACAGCUGGGUCUGCAAGUCUGUCCUUUCCGAAGGCCAUCAGCGCACCGUCCGAAAGGUAGCCUGGUCUCCCUGUGGGAAUUACCUAGCUUCUGCCAGCUUUGAUGCAACCACUUGCAUUUGGAAGAAGAAUCAGGAGGACUUCGAGUGUGUGACCACUCUUGAGGGUCAUGAAAAUGAGGUCAAGUCUGUGGCGUGGGCCCCUUCUGGCAACCUUUUGGCCACCUGCAGCCGAGAUAAGAGCGUGUGGGUCUGGGAAGUUGAUGAAGAAGAUGAGUAUGAAUGCGUCAGUGUUCUCAACUCUCAUACGCAGGAUGUCAAGCAUGUGCUUUGGCACCCGAGCCAGGAGCUGUUGGCCUCUGCCAGCUAUGACGACACAGUGAAACUGUACCGGGAGGAAGAAGAUGACUGGGUGUGCUUUGCAACCCUCGAGGGCCACGAAUCCACUGUGUGGAGUCUGGCCUUUGACCCUAGUGGCCAGCGCCUGGCAUCCUGCAGUGAUGACCGUACUGUGCGCAUCUGGCGCCAGUAUCUACCAGGCAACGAACAAGGGGUGGCAUGCAGUGGCUCUGACCCCACCUGGAAAUGCAUCUGCACUUUGUCGGGCUUCCACUCCAGGACCAUUUACGACAUUGCUUGGUGUCAGCUGACAGGGGCCCUGGCUACCGCUUGUGGGGACGAUGCCAUCCGCGUGUUUGAGGAGGAUCCUGACUCAGAUCCACAGCAGCCCACUUUUUCCCUGACUGCCCACUUGCGCCAGGCCCAUUCCCAGGAUGUCAACUGUGUCGCCUGGAACCCCAAGGAGCCAGGGCUCCUGGCGUCCUGCAGUGAUGAUGGGGACGUGGCCUUCUGGAAGUACCAUCGGCCAGAAGCACCCUGAGCCACCCAGAUGGGAGCAUCCUGGGAUCCCAGAAAUGCCCUAAGACUUUUGUGGCCUGAGAAGACCUGGAGAAGCAUCCUUGAUUUUCAUUCAGCGUGGUUACUUCAUUCAGACCUGGCCACACAGACGCAGAGCUGCAGGGCCGCUUGCCUUUCCCUCAGACGGGAGGGCCUCAGUAGACCUCAGACCUUCAGUGCAGUUCUGCCACAGAUUUGGCUUGCUCUAGGAUGUGCUAUUAUACUUCGGGCAAGUGAAUAUAGUAUUUAACUGCUGUAUGUACAUAGGACAACGUCCGUCUUUUCUGAAAUUGUAAACGCUAUGGAAAUAAUCCCUGAAUCCAAAGUCCUGUCAAUAGAGACACUGUUGUUUUGGAAUUCCAUCAUGAAUUGUCUGAAGGAGGUCUGUGCUUCCCAAUUUCUGGAUAAAUCCCUGCGCUUAAGACAUGUAAUAUUGAAGGAACUUUUUUUUUUUUUUUUUUUUUUUAGUGCAAGUUUGUGUAAAAUAAGAACACCACUGCUUUCCGUUAGAGGCCCUAGAAUACUGCCUGCACUAUUAUAAUAUGGGGACAGCUUGUCAGGGGUAUGAGAAAAUGAAUCCAGAAUGAUAUGAACCCUAAAAGGGACUUUCUACUGGCAAUAGGCUCAGCAAGGAUGGAGACUGGUUCUACCAUGGGGACUAAAACAUGAGACAGGAACUCAUGGCCCCCUGAAGAGCCAGUCCAGCACACAUCUUGCAAGUGCAGAGGAAGCAGAAAAAGGAUGCUUCCUCAGGCCCUGUGGUACGCUGUCUGUAAGCAGCUCGUCAUCCCACUUGGCUCCUGACAUCAGGUUGGGCAUGAGGAUAUCCAAGGGGACAGCUAGCACUUCAUUUUCUGCCCUAUAGGAACGUGUCCUUAGAUUGGAGACAGCUGGCCCAGCCUCUAGAGCAGUGGUUCUCAGAAUCGGAGACCCUGCAUCCCGAGGUCCAGCGGG